CUGGCAAACAUAACGUCGAGACUACACUGCAGUGAACUGCAGUCUGUCUGCUUACCUGCAGCUGUUGGCUUUUGUGUUGUGUGUAGUGUGUAAGCCUUGGCUACUUGUUUCUAGGAACACUAGGCUACACACCUUGUGUUGCGAGGAAUUUCAUGCAACCAAGAGUCUUUCUACGCCGGUGUAGUCAUUGAACAAGUAUUUUGCUUCUCUGAUUACCCUGUCCUCUAUGUGUACAUCUAGACUCUAGAUCAAGAUUCUAGAGAUCUAGAAAUCUAGUUGUUAUGUAUAUAUAUAUCUAGAUUCUAUAUAAUAAAUGAAUAAAAGCAAGCGGCUAACAUUAACAACACUAACUAACAGAUUAUAAACAGACAGUCGUGGAAGCUGUCGUUGCAGUUGCAGUGUAAAGCAAGGUUACCCAAAAUGGUGCAAGAGGUGGAGAACUUUUACGGAGUUUAUCUGCUGUAUUGCAUGAACCCUAAAUACCAAGGUCGCACCUACAUUGGCUACACGGUGAAUCCUAAUAGAAGAAUCAAACAGCACAACACAGGAGCUCAUGCUGGAGGAGCGUACAGGACAAGUGGGAGGGGACCAUGGGAGAUGAUCUUGAUUAUCCACGGAUUUCCAAAUGAUGUAUCUGGUCUUCGGUUUGAAUGGGCAUGGCAGCAUCCAGACAAGUCUCGUAGGUUGAAAGGUGUAACUGGUAAAUCGAGAAAAGAAACGCAGUAUGAGUUCAGAUGGAGGGUGGUGUGCAACAUGCUGAGAACAGCUCCCUGGUCUGGGUUGAGCCUCACAGUCCGCUGGCUGAAACAAGAUUUUUAUAGGGAAUUCCCGUCUGGCAGAAGAUAAAUCUGUCACGUGUCUGAAACCCAGAUGUUCCAUGAUGUCCCACCUCGUAUGCCUGGCAAAAUCGUUCCUGCCUGACCCUACUAAGCUCUUGCCUGUGGAGGGCAAGUGUCCGCAGUGUAACGUUACCUUACUGUGGGGAGAGGUCAUCAGACAUAUGAAAGGCUGCCACAGUAACUUGUCAGAAUCUACUCUUCAGGGGGACACAACGGUUGCUGAGAUGGUUUGAGAAAUGAACUUCUGACCAUCAACGAUAUUGCCGCAGUGGCACCAGCCUCUGGAACUCACCAUUGACUGGCAUGACCAUUGGAGUCUCUGACCCAUCUCUGGUGACAUCGGUGACCAAACCUAGAGUGACCAACAACUCAAAUGGGAGCUUCUAAGAUGUACCUGGAGGUUAUGGGAGAGACUCAGUAAGAUGUGUAUGGAAAGACCUAAACACGAUGCAGAACCCAUAUCUUUCAUUACUGGGUUUUUAUGGUACAGAAGUGUAAUUCUGGGGUUAACAAUAACAGUUUAACUCUUCAAUACCAUAGUUGUACAGUCUGUCCAAUUGUGAAGAUAAUAUCCAAAUUUCAGGCCUCUACAAUUCUACAAAUAUUUUUUAAGGUUUUACUUGAAUUUGAGCUACACAGUGUAUAUUAUGUGAGUGUGCCUGAUGAAAGGUAGGCUAUGUACGACUCAUUUUUAUAAUUGUGUUUUAUUUAAUGUUCUGGUGCGAAAAUAAUUUCUGAACUACAUGCUUUUAAAACUUUUAAGAUAGCUUCAGUACUUUGUAAGUGUGAUGAACUCUUUCUAUACCAGUCAUUGCUUGAGCUUAUGACCAUAAUGAUUUUGCAUGUCUAGAAACUGAGCGUAGGUGGGGUAAUAAUUGAUGGUUAUAUAAGCAAGUAUUUGACAAAGAUAUAAGGUGUUGUACAUAAAUGGAAAGGUGGAAAGAUGAUCAAUACAUGUUUCAUUUAAAAAUAUUAAUCUAAAAAAUAUAGGUAAUUAUAGCAGGCAUUGAAAUUACAAAUGGUGAGGGGGCUUAACCCUAAUUCUGCCCAGUGGGGUACCUUUGAUUUUUGUUUAUUACUGUUUUGUGGUUGCUUGGACACAUGGAAAAGUUAUGUAUUUGGAAAGCUAAUAGAAUGAACUUUACAAAAAUACAAUUUUGGCGGAUGUGGACAUUUAUUACGAGUGGUCACAUGACCUUGGAAAAUUCAAAAUGGCCGUUGCUAUUUUGUUCCAUGUACAUCAGAGCAGUAAAUAUUGUUGGUAAUUACAUUUUACAAGAGUUUCUGAGAUAGCCAUGUGAUAGAGAAUUUUAUACCCUUUACAAAAAUAUAAACUUCAUAUACUUUGUAGUGAAACUAAGAACAA